GUCACCGUCUAUCUCGCCGUCCCCGUUGCUUCCAAACAACGAUUAUCGCCGACGCUGAGGCCCUCUCUAGGGCUCGAUUUCUGCACCAAAUUUGGGCUUCCACAGUUCACAAGAACCCAAAUAUCUCUCUCUGAAUCACCUCCGCCGCAACAAAUCCAAUCUCUCUCUCGUUCGCCGUCUGCUGUUUUUGGCUCCGUCUUUCCUAAUGGACGAAUCUCACUCCAAUCUUCCUUCUAGUCAUUUGCUCGGUUCAGUGCCUGCAGUCGUGAAUGAAGAGACGAAGAGCACGAUUUAUGAGGUCCCAGAAGCAAACAUGCAAAUAUUCCCACCAAACAAUGGAGGAGCAGGCGGCAGUGGGCUGGGUUAUCAGAGUCUUGGAAGUCCUACUGAAGGCUUUGAACAGCAACCAGCAAACAACUGGAAGGGAGUUUUCAGUAUCUCAUCAUACACACAAUAUUUUAAUGUGGACACCGACAUUGUUCUCAACAGAUUGCUAAGUUCUUUCUAUGCUACUAGUGGGGAUUUUUUCAAUAAGAUUGAUGCCAACCCUGAUCUUUAUGGGGCUAUCUGGAUAUCAACUACACUGGUGUUUCUACUUGCUGCACUUGGGAACUGUGCCACGUAUCUUAUUGAAAAGCACACUGACAGCAGUACCUCUUGGAGUUUUGAUGUCAGCUAUGUGAAUGUUGCUGCAGGAGUUAUCUAUGGUUAUGCAAUUGUUGUACCAAUGGCAUUUUACUUCAUACUUCAGUAUAUGGGUUCAAAUGGUAGCCUCAUACGAUUCUGGUGCAUGUGGGGCUAUUCUCUCUUCAUUUUUGUUCCCUGUGCUUUUCUAUUGCUUAUUCCAAUUGAGAUUGUCCGGUGGAUCAUCAUACUCCUUGCUGGUACUGCCUCAUCUUCCUUUGUUGCGUUGAAUCUCAGAUCUUCUAUGGAGGCAAGUGAUCUUACAAUAAUGGCAGUUGCUUCAUUCUUCUUGCAACUGGCUCUUGCUAUCUUCAUCAAGGUCUGGUUCUUUCCAUAAACACCACUAAUGCGUGGCCUAAGAUACGAAAUUGCUGUGCAUUCUCUGGCUUUCUGCUUCUGAACAAUAUGACAUAGAAUGCUACGGAAAGAUAUGUUUCUCUAUUCGGAGUACAUGACUGGGUGCAUUGUAGUUCGUUGGUGAAUUUUGAAACUUGGGAGUCCAAAAGAUUAUUUGAAAAGAUUGGACACCUUUGAUGAGUUUAGCAAUUUUUCUGUUGAUCUUAGUGGCCAUAGGUGGCCUGCAGCUUUUAAGCGACAAACAUCAUCAUAUGAAAGUCGUUGCUAAUUAAAUGCUGUUUUGAAUCUCUGAACAUCCUUUUUUACUGGUUUUGUAAAUUAUAAAAUGCCUUCUUAACG